CAUCCACACACAAAAGAAAAAACAGAAAUAAAAGAGACAGUCCGACGCACGGGGCAGGUCUCGCACUGUUUUCCUCGGGCUUUCCGCUCUCAACUCGUCCUCCGAGUCUGAUCAGAUCACCUUCUCAAGCCGCAAGGACCAGAUAUGUCAACUGUAAGGCUUCCCACAUAUUGCACGCUCAAAUGCGUACUCCCAGACAGACCCUCUACUUUCAUUAAGAGCUCAGGUUCCUUGACUUCCAUAAAAAGCGUCACAAAAGCCUUUGGCUUGAAGUCUUCUGCCUCCUUCAGAGUAUCUGCAAUGGCCGUGCACAAAGUGAAGCUGAUUGGACCAAAUGGGGAAGAGAACGAGUUUGACGCCCCAGAUGACCAGUACAUCCUUGACUCUGCCGAGGAUGCUGGGCUCGAGCUUCCUUACUCAUGCAGAGCCGGGGCAUGCUCGACCUGUGCGGGCCAGAUGGUUUCGGGAGAGGUGGACCAAUCGGAUGGCUCCUUUCUGGAUGAGAAGCAGAUGGAAAAGGGAUAUGUGCUGACCUGCAUCUCGUACCCAAGAGCCGAUUGCGUGAUUCAUACCCACAAGGAGGGUGAUCUUUAUUGAUCAAGUUCAAGAAUCGUAACGCUUGUUCGUUUUGCCUAUCGGAAGAAUUUGUUCCCGAAUAGGAUUCUGGUCACGACCUGAGUUUCAAGGAUUCGGGGCUUUCUUAGUGUUUUUACAUUGACAAUUCUUGUUCCAAAUUAGUCUUUUGGCCUGUGUUAGUCUUGAAGUCAGAUAUUAGUUGUUAUGUUUUAGCCCGUAUGCACUGUUUGGAGAUUUUUAUCUUUCUUGCGAGUCGAUUUAGGUUUACAUUGCAGUGGCACUCGCUGUCCUGUUUUUUCAUAUUGUACAGAGCAAGACAAAUUUGAUA